UUGUCAGUACUGUCAGUGUCAAUAAAUAUGUCCAAGAGAUUUUACGGACGUAAACAUCCAUAAAUUUUCUUAAUGGAUUUAAAAUAUAAGUGCAAGCAAAUGUUCCCAAUUCAAUGGCUAUUUUUGAAAGGCAAACUACUCAAAAAGUUGUGCUAGAUGAUACUCACCCCAUAAAAUGUACGAUUGAAAAUUGGCAAAACGUUAAUGGACACACGGAAUUUGUUAUAAAGGUUCAAAGAGGGCCUUAUUUAGACGAGACUUGGAAAAUCAAUAAGAGAUAUAAUGAUUUUUAUAAGUUACACGGUGUUUUACAAACUUCUGGGAUCCCCCUUGAUCUUCCUCCAAAAAAACUUAUUGGCAACAUGGACCCACAGUUUAUUACCGAGAGACAACAGGGUUUGCAGAAAUAUUUAAAUAGCGUAUUCAUGAAUCCAAUAUUAGUUUCGUCUCUCCCUGCUAGAUCUUUUGUAGAUCCAGCUAACUACUGUCAACCGUUUGGUGAGUUGGCACUCCAACAUGUCUCACUAGCUUUACGGUCAGAAGUAGGGUGGGAGGUGGUUGGGCCCCUUCCAGAUAUAGGUUGGAGGUUAAGAAAACAUUUUUAUCAGGUAAAGUGUAAAAUGUCACCCAAAGAAGAAUAUAUAGCUGGUUGGACUGAUUACGGCCCAGAUAAAUAUUUAGACGACAAAGAUAUGCAUGCCAUCUUCAAAAGCAUCGGUCAAAUCCAGCAUCCGUUCAUACAUUCCAUUAACCUGUGUCUUAGUACGGACAUUGGAGGUCUUGUAGUGAGAGUAAAUAAUAAGAAUGGUACCUUGAGGGACACUUUGUGUGGGGCAAAACCUAGACAGACUUUUCUGAAAAAAUACGGAAACCCCAAAGGACAUAAAACUUUAGUGAAAGAUCAGAUCGCGCUGUACGGACGACAGCUAUUAGAAGCUUUAAAGUUUCUCCACGACAAGGGACUCCCUUAUGGACAUCUACAUACUGGUAAUAUCAUGAUAGAGAACGAAAGGGUCAAGUUGUUAGAUGUCGAGAAUGGUAUUCUGGGGGUACCUUCGUUUUACCGACCGUAUUUCAUGCAACACAGGAAGAUAAACAAUUUACAGGCCAUCGACGUCUAUUGCUUUGGACACGUUUUGUAUGAAAUGAUGUUUGGGGCGCCGCUGCACGAGAGUGUCAUAGAAUACAUUCCGGACUGUCCUAUUAAAUCUAUCUUGCAAAGGAUAUUGUCUCCGGAUGCCUGUAAAAACGGCCUUCCUACAGUCGCCGACCUACUCAACGAUCCGUUCUUCUCUUCUACGCAAUUGAGCUUUUUGCCAACUGACAAGGCACACCUCAAGAUACCCAGUUCUAUUAAAGAACGUUUGAGAGAAACCAUCGUGAAGACUGAAGAAAGGUUGAGGGAGGAGCAGAAGAUGGUUCGUAGUCAGAAGAGACUCGUGAAGGUACAGGAAAUGAUGAGUUCUGAGGAGGAGAAAAAGAAACAGAGGCAUAAAAUGAAACGUGAACGUCAACUGGCCAAAGAACAGCAGCUGGAGAGCAGGAGUAACGAAAAAGUCAGCAAUGGGGAUAGAUCUGACAGUGUAAAUAGUAGUACAGCGACUUCUAUAGGUACUUCUACGCCGCCAUCGAUGACUGGUUCAAACGUUCCGUCACCGCCGCCACCUCCGCCUCCUCCGCUGGCUGUGUCGGGGGCACCCUUGCCGCCGCCGCCACCUUUAUUAAAUGGAAUUGAUAUACCCGCCCCGGAACCAAGUAAGGACCGAUCGGCUCUGCUGGGGGCCAUUUGUAACUUCAACAAAUCUUCGUUGCGCAAAACCAAAGUUUCCUAAAUCGCUUUUUAGCAUCUAUUUUAUAUUGUGAUAAGAUUCACUGUAUGUAACAAUAGCGUGAAUUUCUGUAAGUUUCUUAUUAAACGUAUUUAACGCUUUGCCAAGUAGCAGCCCUUAGAUUUAUUUUUUUAUAUUGUCACUCGCAGAUGCAACUGUACGAAAUAAGUGAAUGGUACGUUUGUUUUAAAUAUCUAAUUUUUAAUGGUAGACUGAGAGGUACCGCAGACUUUCAAUGAACGAGUAGAUUGGACAGGGUGAUGCAGAAAUAUUUUAUUAGCCGAUUUUAUUUUGCUGAUUUAAUGGCAGAAAUUGUUGCACUAACUAGUAAAUUUGUUUUAAUGUUUAUUUAUCAUAUUUAUAUCUUUGAUAUUGGUAUGUUAUUUAAAAUAUAUGUAAAUAUUCUUGGGUUUUAAUGAUAUUUACCUACCUAUGUGCCGCAUAGUCAACUUGUAACCUUUAUAUGACUCGGACAUUUAUGCUAACAUCCUGUAUAUAAAAUGUAUGCACAUUGUGAUACUUCCGCACUCGAAUAGGUACAGAGUGUCAUUCAUUUUGAAAUUUAUAAGGGGCCACUAUAUGUAAAAAUAUUCCAUUGUAUGUAUAUGGGAAUAAGAUAAAUUUCCUUUGAAAAUUACAAUUCUCCGUCUCUUAUAUCCAUCAUUAUUUGGUUUUAAUUUUUUGUAAAGUUUGUGCCUUCUUAAAGAAUUGUAUAAAAUCUUGUGUCGUUGGUUACAUAUAUUUUCAUGAUCACAACUAGUUUUGAAUUUAACGAAACUGAAAAUCAAUAGACUCAAAUUUGUCACACUGAUGUAGUUGUGAUUUUCGUGGAAUUUUAAUGUAUACUUGACUGUGCCAAUUUAAUACUAUGAAAUAGUUUUAAGAUGUCAGUGACGUUUUGUGAAUCUGUUGUAACUAGUCAAAAAAAACUAUCAUAUUUGAUGUACAGCAUAAAAUUUGUAAACUAAAUGUAUGCCUAAAUCUUAUUAACCUUAAUAAAUAGCUAUUAUGUCAACUUCA